AGCUCUUGGGACAGGGAUGAUCAGUCUCUCUGGAUUUCAGAUCUGCGUAAGCGAGAUCACAAAUUACCAGGAACGUCUCUUCCAAGAACGUCUCUUCCAAGAGGAUAAUCUUGCAAUAAUCUUGGAAGCGGGCAAGAUUGGCAGUAUUCCAGACGUGCUCAGCUACUCAGGAUUCAUUACCGUGAACAAGGAGUUGGGCAGCAACCUCUUCUUCUGGUUCUUCCCUGCCAUGGAAAACCCCGAGAGUGCACCCGUGUCGUUGUGGCUUCAAGGGGGACCCGGGACGUCUUCUCUUUUUGGACUCUUCGUCGAGCACGGUCCUUACUUUGUGGACGAGAAUGGCGCCGGGCAGCUGCGUCCAAUCACGUGGACGCGCACCAUAUCGGUUCUGUACGUGGACAACCCGGUGGGCACCGGCUUCAGCUUCACGCAGAGCGAGAAGGGCUACGCGCGCAACCAGUCGGACGUGAGCCGGGACAUGAUUGAAAUGCUGCAACAGUUCUUCACGCUGUUUAGUAACUAUUCCUCCAAUGAUUUCUACCUUUCUGGGGAAUCGUACGCUGGUGAGUGCUGGUUUGAAAAGUAUAUACCUUCCAUUGGCGCUGCCCUCCAUAAGUCCAAAAAGAAGCUUCGUGUGCCGAUCAACCUCAAAGGCGUUGCAAUUGGCAAUGGCAUGAUCGAUCCCAUCACCAUGCUUCUCUACGGUGACUUCUUGUACUACAUCGGGCUCCUGGACAGGUACCAGGCAAACCACAUGCAACAAGACUGCGACCGCAUAGCGGGUCUUAUUCGUGAAGAGAACUACAUGGAAGCCACUACACUGGCUUACUCAACUGUUUUGGGCGUCGUCACGGGAUAUCCUUCGUACCUAGGCAAUGUCACUGGCUACAAGUACGGCUACAACUACCUGCUCACGGAAAAACCCGAAUCGCACCGCCGUUACUCAAGCUUCGUCAAAACACCCAUGGUGCGCCAAGCCAUCCACGUCGGGUCAACGCCUUUCAACAAAGCGGCAUUGAACGUGGCAGUCUACUUCACCAAGGACCUGAUGCAGUCUGUUCGAGACAAAUUGACUUUGCUGUUAGACAACUCCUACAAGGUACUCAUCUACAGCGGCCCCCUGGACAUCAUCGUCUCGUACCCUGCGACGGAAGCCCUCAUGUACUCCCUGAAAUGGUCGGGGUCCAAGGAAUGGUCGAAAGCCGAGAAGAAAAUUUGGCGCUCGAGCGACGGUGAAUGUGUAUACGGCUACUCCAAGCACGCCAGAAAUUGUAGGCUGGUUCUAGUGCGAAAUGGAGGUCACACUGUGCCGUACGAUCAGCCGGAGGCAGCGUACGAAAUGAUCACAAAAUUCUUCAACGAUGUCCCGUUUGUGAAAUAGUACGCGCAUAUUGUUAGCAGACCACAGGAAGUCGGGGGCAUAAAACAAAAAGGCAAAGUGCACCAGCUUCGAAGCAGCGUCUAUGGCUAAUACAAAAAAAAACUCACAAAGGUGACUAUUUGGGCGACUUUAUAUUUCAAUUGCAUAACGUUGUUUUGACAUCAGCGCAGCCCAGAAUGAAUGCAGGUAAAAUAUGGAAAACAAGAACAAAAGACAGGAGGGGCACUUUAGCGAAGCCCCACUCCACCCCCACCCCCCUAGUUGUUCUUUCUUGUCCUUUCUAACAUUUUACUUUCCUUGUUUUCCCCGCGUCAUAGGUGAAUUAAACACUCUACCCUUGUCGUUACUAAUCGGUACUCAUUCUGUACAACGGAUUGAUUAUUAAUGUCAUACGUUCGGAAUUGGAGUGUGAUUCGUUUGUUUUCUGAAUGCUGGUGCAAAUUAUGUUUCUUGUAUUGUACUUUUAAUUCUCUCAGCCUAGACCCAGAUGUGUCUGCAGCAUUGUUCUAAAUAAAAUAAAUAAAUAUCUUCUU